UUGUCCAUAGACACCUCCAAGGUCAUGUGGCCGGCAUGACUGCAUAGAGCGCCAUGACCUUCCUGCUGAAGCAGUACCUAUAGAUCUACUCACAUUUGCAUGUUUUUGAACUGCUGGGUUGGCAGAAGCUGGGGCUAACAGCAGGAGCUCACCCCACUCCCCGGAUUUGAAUGGCCAACCUUUCAGUCAGCAAGUUUAUUUAUUUAUUUAUUUAUUUAUUUAUUUAUUAGACUUGUAUACUGCUACUCCCAGUUUGGCUCAGAGCGGUUUACAGAAAUAGAUUAAAACAAUACAAUUACCUUUAAAAUAACAAUAAAAACAACAAUAAAAACAAACAUAGCCCCGAGUUUUUCACCCAUUGAAAGCCUGUCGGAAGAGAAAGGUUUUGCAGGCUUUCCGAAAGGCAAGUAGGUCUCGGAUAAUUCGAGUUCCAUAAUAAUAAUAACAACAACAACAACAACAUUUGUUUGUAACCUGCCCUAUCUCCUCAGGGGAACUCAGGACAAAGUUCUCUCCAUCUCAGCCAUGUCAUCCCACAAGACAUUCAAUAUCAAGCAGUUCCUUGCUAAGAAACAGUGGAUCUGGAUUAAAGCCCACAAUCAGAUCAGGUACAACACCAAAAGGAGACACUGGAAGAGGAUUAAACUGAGCCUGUGAGCUUAGGGCCCAUCCAGACAGGCCCAUAUCCUGGGACCUGUCUGAGUUUUUACUGGAGGCAUCCCAACGACGCCUCUAGUAAAAAUGAAUUAAUUUGGAACAAUGUGUUUUAUGCAAUGUGUUGAUUUAUUAUUUAUACGUCAGGUUGUGGGAUGAUGUUUUUCUGUAUUAUGUAGUUGUUGUUGUUUUUCUAUUUUGUUGGCCACUUUGAGUCCCAUUUGUGGGAGAAAGACAGGAUAAAAGUAAAUUACAGUAGAGUCUCGUUUAUCCAACAUAAACGGGCCGGUAGAAUGUUGGAUAAGCAAAUAUGAUGGAUAAUAAGGAGAGAUUAAGGAAAAGCAUAUUAAACAUCGAAUUAGGUUAUGAUUUUACAAAUUAAGCACCAAAACAUCAUGUUAUACAACAAAUUUGACAGAAAAGGUAGUUCAAUACACAGUAAUGCUAUGUAAUAAUUACUGUAUUUACGAAUUUAGCACCAAAAUAUCACGAUGUUUUGAAAACAUUGACUACAAAAAUGCGUUGGAUAAUCCAGAAUGUUGGAUAAGUGAGUGUUGGAUAAGUGAAACUCUACUGUAAUAAUAAUAAUAAAGCCAGGGUUUCCUUAUUUUUUAGAGUUUUCCUGGUUUGUUCUGAAUAUACUAAAGCUUUUGGGGGUGUGGGGAUGGACAUCUGCGCCAAAGCGCAGAUUUUUUCGAAUACCCAUUUAUUUGUCUGUUUAGUAGUAGUACACAGCAUUCAUUGCGGUUAUAUAAAAUAGGUAUUUCAGCACGUGUUACUUGUUGCACAGUCAAGUACAGUAGAGUCUCAUCCAACAUAAACGGGCCGGCAGAAUGUUGGAUAAACGAAUAUGUUGGAUAAUAAGGAGGCAUUAAGGAAAUGCCUAUUAAACAUCAAAUUAGGUUAUGAUUUUACAAAUUAAGCACCAAAACAUUAUGUUAUACAACAAAUUUGACAGAAAAAGUAGUUCAAUACUCAGUAAUGCCAUGUAGUAAUUACUGUAUUUACGAAUUUAGCACCAAAAUAUCAUGAUGUUUUGAAAACAUUGACUACAAAAAUGUGUUAGAUAAUCCAGAACGUUGGAUAAGUGAGUGUUGGAUAAGUGAGACUCUACUUGCUGAAAUUUCCCCAUUUUCUCAAUAAUUGGACAUACAAUGUCACUUUUCACUCUGACAACCCUAAAUUCCACCCGUCUAUUGUUAACAUUGAGGGUUAUUUCGAUGGCAAAAAAGCAGAGCGAUAUCACCUGGCUUUAACGGCUUUUUUUCAUCUGGCUUUAAUCUCUUGUUUUCACUUGUCCUGAACUUCUUGUUGAUGAAUAAAUCUGCUAUUUCCUCAUUCCAAGUCUUCUGGAAGAACU